GUAGUCUUCUCGUCGGACUGGACGCAUCCGGAAUACACCCACUCUCGUGGGGCACGCUUAUCUACGCAAGUAUAGCUUAAUUCGUGUCAGGGAACGCGCCGAUUUUUGUUGUAUUUAUGUAACGAUGGAUAUAGAUUGCGCCGGGCGAUGAGAUUAUUUUUAGUGUUGCUUAUAUUAUUGAGGAGGAUUUUUCACGUUGCUGCUGCUGCUGCUGCUGCUGCUGCAGCCGAGGUGAACGAACCGCUGAGUAUGUGAUUUAUGAAGCUCGUGCGAGCGGGUGAAUAAAAAGUCAUUAAUCAGCGAAAGAAGAUCAAGCGGAGUCGUAUUACGCACGAAAGACUUGUGCAGCGUGAAAAAUCGUCUGUCGGGAGAGAGAGUAUAUCGGUAAAAAUAUGACGCGCGGGCGACGCUCGAAUCGUCCGAACGAUACGGUACAGUUAUGCUGCAGUUUUAUACUCGAAAAGCAGCAAACAGCUCGGAAACCAGAAUUGACGAUUUAGAUCCUUAUAAACUUUAAUGGUUCGCGGAGAGCUCAUCAAGCGCGUGACGUCACCGCGGCGGUAUACUUUGCGUCGUUCGCAAUGAAACGGCCGUAUUUAUGUUUUGACCGAAACCGCAGAAAUGCCGAGGCUCGUGUGUUUUGGUAUCGUUGAACUUCGAGGAUGCUUCUUUUUGAACAGUCAAAGCACGUACCUGUCGAUUCUUGAAAAAAGGCAGUUUGGGAAAUGUUCAGCUGGAAAAUCGCCAGCGAGAUCGAGCACUUAAAUUUACUCACGCGCACGAACCAAUUUUGUAACGCCGUACCAUCAGCCCUGCAAAACAAACUGGAAUUUUCCCCUGACUCGCAAAACCACGCUAAACGAAAUAGAAAUCACGCGUCAGCGUGUUUACCAAAAUUUCUCGGCUCCGGAACUCGCACUUUUCUCCGCUAUGAAAAAAAAAUCACACACUCGGACAAAACAACCACGUACGCAACGACAUCUGCCCCGUCCAUUUCUCUCUCAAUCGCGCUCGCACACUUUCUUGAAUCCUUAACUACCAGCCAUACGCUCACACCCGAUCGGCUGGUCCCGUUACUCCUCGAAUAUUAUAAAAGCCGAGCGUUAAACCCGACGCGAGGUCAGUCGUCUCACAUGGAUUCCUCCCGCGGGUUCGACUUGCUGCUGCUGUUGCUGCUGGUGGUCGGCGUCGUCCAAGCCUCCGUCCUGCAGCGCUCGAGGGCUGGACACGACGACGAUUACGUAUAUCCGAGCUUUAAGGAUGUCGAGAUUCCCGAAGCUCGGGUCACCUACGAGGGAGCCCAGGUCUGGAGGGUUCAGGGGGCGGACGAUUACGCCGAGUACUUGACCUAUCUGCAGGAUAGAGGGGAUUUAUCGCUGUGGACAGGCAACGACACAACGAUAGACGUUUUAGUACUUCCUGACGUUAUUCCGCGGGUCUCGCGUUUCCUGCACCAGCGACACGUCGAGUACGACGUGGUCAUACCUGAUCUCCAGCAGGCCAUUAAUCACGAGAAUCCGAUUAAGACGCCAGCCGAGAUCGAGGAACUCGAGGGUCGUCAUGCUCAAGUGGUGUUCUAGCUCGCUACGCUUGGUGGAAGAGAGCCGUAAAAAGUGGCUCUGCGAAAAGCUAUUCUUCGCGAUACUAUCCUCGUCCUCUGCGCUAUCCCAAUGCUAAUUCGAUAGAGGGUGGAGGUGCCGAGCGGCCCUGGCGAUGGAAGGCCGGUAGCACUGAAUUUCAGGCCACCGGAUGGAGUGGACGAGCUACCAUCGUCUCGAGGACAUCCACGGCUACCUCGACUACUUGGCCAACACCUACCCGCAGCUCUGCUCCGUGAUGACGAUCGGCCGAUCCGUCGAGGGUCGCGAGCUUAAGGUGCUCCGCAUCAGCAAGGGAACGGCGAACGCUCCGGCGCUUUGGAUCGACGGCGGUAUUCACGCCCGCGAGUGGAUUUCACCGGCUUCGGUCACCUACAUCAUCGACUAUCUGGUCGAGCACAGCGACCAGCUCGAGGCCGACUAUUACAUUCUGCCAGUGGUCAAUCCCGACGGCUACGAGUAUACCUUCCGAGGCGACAGGCUCUGGCGUAAGAACCGCGGCAACCCGCAGAAGGGAGGCAGCUGCAUCGGUAUCGACCUGAACCGUAACUUCGGAUACAGGUGGGGCGGACAGGGUACCAGCAAGCAGCCCUGUCGCGAGACCUACGCCGGUACCGGAGCUUUCUCCGAGCCCGAGACCAGAGCCAUCAAGAACUUCUUCGAAGCCAGCGCCGCCAACUUCAAGGCCUACCUGACGUUCCACAGCUACGGCCAAUACAUCCUCUACCCGUGGGGCUACGACCGUCGUGUACCACCAGACUACAAGGACCUGGACAACGUGGGCAAACAGAUGGCCGCGGCUAUGCGAGCAGCCGGUGGUGCUAACAGCGCCUACACCGUUGGCAACAGCGCGACGACGCUCUACGCCGCUUCCGGUGGCGCCGAUGACUGGGCCAAGGCUCACCUCAAGAUCAAGUACACCUACACCGUCGAGCUUCGCGACAAGGGCCAGAACGGCUUCGUACUGCCCGCCAGGUACAUCAAGCCCACGGCUGAAGAGGCUCUCGCCGCUGUCAAGGUCGUCACUCAGGCCAUCAAGACGGCGUGAGGGCGGGUGUUGUAAUGGUUAUCGAUCUUUCGAUCGACGUACUUAUUUUGUAAGCUUGCGAGCGACGACCAAGUCGUGCGGAUUAUUGUGAUGCAUUAUUUAUACGUUUCUAUAGUUAAGUGAUAUAUUAUUUAAAUAAAGCGUGAUUCGUGUAUUGUUAUUUAAUUUA